CAUGUGUUCUCAGACAGUAACGCAGAAGAAGCGUGAGGAUAAAACGCGCUGCGGGUUUCGCGAAAUAAAAGGAAACGCCAACAGCUGGAUCCUCUUCCUGAGGGCACAUUUUAGCCUCUUCUUGUGCUUUCUUUUUGAGAGAUGGCACUUUGGCACCAGCUUCAACAGCUGGAUUCUAGAUAUCUAGAGCAAGUUGACCAGCUCUAUGAUGACACGUUUCCCAUGGAGAUUCGCCAGUACCUCAGCCAGUGGAUAGAGAGCCACGACUGGGAUGCUGUGGCAGCUAACGCGUCCUUAUCUACAGUACGCUUCCAUGAGCUCCUGAGUAAAUUGGAUGAGCACUACGGUCGUCUCAGUGUGGGCAACAACUUCCUGCUUCAGCACAACAUUCGGAAGAUAAAGCGCAAUCUACAGGAGCAAUUCCAGGAGUUUCCUGUGUACAUGGCCAUGAUUAUAUCCAAUUCCCUGAAGGAAGAGAGGAAGAUUCUGGAAAUGGCCAUCAAAACACAGGAGCAUGCAGCAUCAUCACAGAGCAGUGCUGCGAUGGAAAAGCAGAAACAGCUAGACAACCAAAUGAAUGACCUGAAGAAGAAAGUGCAGGAGACAGAACAAGAUAUUCAGGUCCUGGAGGAUCUGCAAGACGAAUAUGACUUCAGGAGGAAAACUUUACAGAGUCGAAUUGAGCUUGAAAUGAGUGUAGCGACAGCAAAAGAGUUCCAGAGGGAGGAGAUGAUGAUCAAGGAGAUGUUCUUCAGACUGAAUAAGAUGAGAGAGGUGGUAGUGAACGAAUUGGUAAAUUUACUGAAGUUAGCAGAUCACAUCCAGUUCGUGCUGAUAUCAGUGGAGAUUCCCGAGUGGAAGCGGAGGCAGCAGAUGGCCUGUAUUGGAGGACCCCCAAACGCCUGUCUGGACCAGUUACAAAGCUGGUUCACAGCGCUGGCGGAGUGUUUGCAGCAGACACGGCAGCAGCUGAACAAGCUGCAGGAGCUGGUGCUGAAGUUCUCGUACGACAAUGAUCCCAUCACUCUGGGCAUGAGCACUCUGCAGGAACAGGCCCUGACGCUCUUUAAAAACGUGCUGGUCAAUUCCAUUGUGGUGGAGAGGCAGCCUUGCAUGCCCACGCAUCCCCAAAGACCCCUAGUGCUGAAGACAGGAGUUCAGUUCACAGUCAAACUCAGGCUGCUGGUCAAGCUACCAGAGUUGAACUGUCAACUUAAAGUCACCGCCUCUUUUGACAAUGAUUUAAAUGAAAAGAACACAGUGAAGGGAUCCCGUAGAUUCAACAUUUUGGGCACCAGCACUAAAGUCAUGAACAUGGAGGAAUCAAACGGAUGCUUGACUGCUGAGUUCCGACAUUUGCAACUGAAAGAAGCAAAGUCAGUUGGAAGCAGAACAAAUGAGGCCCCUCUCCUCAUCAUGGAGGAGCUCCACUUCAUCAGCUUUGACACACAGCUCAAUCAGCCUGGACUGUGCAUUGACCUAAAGACCACUUCGCUUCCUGUAGUGGUGAUAUCUCAUAUCAGCCAGCUGCCAAGUGCCUGGGCCUCCAUCCUGUGGUAUAAUAUGCUCUGCACUGACUCUCAGAACCUGCCGUUUUUCCUGAACCCUCCUCCGAUGAAGUGGGGUGAACUGGCGAAGGUUCUGAGCUGGCAGUUUUCCUCCAUCACUAAGAGAGGCCUCAGCGCUGAGCAGCUCAGCAUGCUCGCUGAUAAACUGCUCGGUCCUGAGGCUCAAGGAGAUCCUGAAAAGCUUGUCCUCUGGACUAAAUUCAAUAAGUCUGCCAGUGAGAAGGCAACUUGUUUCUGGUUGUGGAUAGAUGGCAUACUGGACCUCAUUAAACGAUACCUACUCAACAUCUGGAAUGAUGGGCUUAUCAUGGGCUUUAUUAGGAAGGAGAAAGAGAGGACUUUGUUACAAGAUAAAAAGCCAGGCACUUUUCUAUUGCGCUUCAGCGAGACGUGUAGAGAGGGGGGCAUCACCAUUACAUGGGUGGAGAAUUUACAGAACGGUGAACCCCAGAUACACUCUGUGAAGCCCUACACUAAAGCUGAUCUCGUCAGUAUCUCUUUCCCUGAUGUCAUCCAGAACUACACACUAUUGGCUGUUAAUAACACUCCAGAAAACCCUCUGCUCUACCUGUAUCCAGAUAUUCCAAAGGAUGUCGUCUUUGGACGCUACUACAGCACCCCAGAUGAGGAAAAGAUGGAUGUUGAUAAACCGAUAUGUCCCUACGUGGGUAGAUGGAUUCUUCCAGUGUCAGACAAUCCAGCCACGAGACCUUCGGAUUGUAUGAGCCCAGGGGUCUUUGGAGAGCCUGAGCUUAAGAACAGAGACGGUGGAAUGGACACAGUGGUAACAACCUAUUGAGACAUGAUCUAGCUUACCACAGUGAUGCUCCUUCUUCACACUGCUCUAAGCGCGAAGGCGUCCUGCUGUCCUUCAAACCCUUUACAAGAAGAAGACCUGAAACAGUGCACAGUGAAUUGAGAAGCAGAGGAUGCAGUGAUGUUUAUACCGUAUGGAGUGGGAUUUGAAUAUCGUCACUGUCAUAUCAAAAUCCUGUAAUAUUUUGUGUUUAAUUUUUAUUUUUCCAUAUCAUUUGCUUAAAGCAGCCGUCCUUUACAUGGUGUGACCUUUUCGUGAUGAAUGGCCCUAUAGAAAUGGUCCAAAAUAAGUUAUAUUAAAAUCUUGUUACAUUAACUUAAGACCUUUUAUGCCUUCUAUAUAAUUACCACUUUUGAGAUGCAUUUUUGUUAGGACAGUGACGAUAUGAUUCCUACCUUAUCUUCGUUUUUUGUUGUAAGUGUUGUCUGGUGCCAGCGCUGUCAGCGUUGAAUAGGCUGGUGUCAGUCAUUAGUAUUACAUGAGUGAAUUUAUCAUAUUGUGUACAACUGUGAAAAGCUUUUUAAUUGUAAUUCUGUGCCCUAAAAAUGACAGAAUGUUGAAAAUACUGCACUCCCACUUUGCUUGAAAAGCACAGCUUUAUUUAAUUGUGUACAUCAAAAUAAACAGACUUCAUUGCAUGGA